CUCAUCAUAACUCAUAUAUAACUCUCUCAGUCACUCUACAACUGAUUCACUGAAGAAGAUGGAGAGACAACAGAAUUAUCUACUCAGUUGGGCUCACCAAAACCAGUGUGGUAUAAAGACAAUAGAAGAGUUAAGACAUUCACUUCUCCGCACAAGAGUGGAGUUAGAGCAAACAAGAAGGGUUGCUCAAGAGGAACUCAAUACCAAAGAUGACCAAAUAAUGCAGCUCAAAAAUCUGCUCAACAAAACUAUCAAAGAGAAAGAUGAAGCACAAGAGAGAUACAAGAAGCUUCUUCUUGACCAUAACAUCAUCCCUCAACACCAAACUGUGGAUGAACAAGACCCAUACAUCAAUGGGUUUCCUUCAUCCGACGGUGAGGAAAGCAUUGUCUCAUCUUUCGAACAGCCGAUGCAAAUUGAGUUAGAUUUUCCGGAGAGGACAUUACCAGAGAAAGGGAAGCUUUUAAAUGCGGUAUUGAAGGCAGGGCCUCUGCUUCAGACUCUGCUUUUAGCUGGACAGCUUCCACAAUGGCGUUAUCCACCGCCACAGCUUGAUUCAUUCGAGAUUCCACCGGUUAUUAUUCCUGAAGCAACACCAUUGUCAGAAAAUAGCUGUGGGAGUAAUCUAAACCGGAAGAGGGUUCACUGCGAUGAUUCUAGUUCCAAAAGAGAGACCAAGUACCAAAGACUUGUGUUUCCUUGAUUGUUAAUGAACUCAUAUUCUCAUUCAAGCAUCAAGUAUGUUUAUAAAGAGUUCAUUUUUUCUUUAACUGCAAAAAAACCAAAGGAGCUUGAAUCCUUUUCUCUCAUGUGGAGAUUGUUAUAGUGGGUCCAUGGGCUGAUCCGGUCCGGUUUCUAACAGGCCGGCCGUGAGUUAUGUCAUUCAAUGGAAAAAACUAUUUUCUCUCAUGUAAGGUUGUUAUGGUGGGUCCAAGGGCUGAUAAGGACCACCUUUUGAUCAGGUUAAGAUCGUCCAUAGAUUCUUUGCCAGUUAACAGCGUUGAAAUUCUGACCAGCUAGCUACGCAAAAUUUUGGGUCCAGCUUUUAUGCUUUGAACCAAUGUUGA